AUGUCGCUUGCAACUGCUGCCGUGUAUCGAAACAAUAUCGUUGUUGCCUACAUCAAAGCGAAGGACUUUGAAAAUGCAAUCGAGGUCGCAUCCUUGGCGCUGCGAUGCCAUCGGGCUUUCCAAGUCAACAUACUAUCACAAGACUCGUGCAAGAAUGACGCUAGUGACAUCACACUCGAUCACUAUAUGUUGCAAUCUGAUAUGUGCGAAAGGAGCGAGAAACAAGGAGCUCGCACCAUGUACACCUACGAAAGUGGUAUUCGACUACCACCAUCAGUGACAGAUACGGCCAUCAUCGCACCGAUUCUCAUUUUCAACGCCGCUCUAGCUUUUCAUCUGUUCGCAGAAAGACAAUAUGAGGCUCCUUCUUCGAGGGUUCGGUUGCUAGAGAAAGCAAAACGAAUGUACGAGCUGGCUUUCCGGGCACAACAGUGCACGGAUGAAAACAUGCUUUUUGAAUUUGCAAUCUUGAACAACGUCGCUGUGAUUGAACAUAAGAUUGGCGAUAAGGCUGAAGCAAACAAAUACUUUGAGUAUCUGCUUUCUGUAUUGAUGAUGUUUGUGGAUCAAGGGUGCCACUUGCGACUGCGUCAUCUACAGGGUUUCCUUUUGAAUAUUCCACCCUUAAUCAAAGCUGCCAAAGCUGCAUGA